AUGCGAGCGGAGCAGAUGCUUGCUGAUCCAUUGGAAUGGCUUGCCCGAAAUAUAUACUAUUUGAUGCUAGGAAGUAUAGCACUUUCUCUCAAAGCUGAUAACUUGCUCUUAGACUAUAUCUUAUUUCUUCUUCAAACAAUGGUCAAUAUUUUCAAAGCUGAAAGCUACCCGAAAUUGUCGUCAUCCCUGCAAACUCUUCUAAAGGAAUCUGACUCAUUGUCACUACGCGCGAUUAGUGUUACUCAGCCAGCAGUUUUGUCACAAUGGUUGCAGUUAUUAUCUCUAUACAAUGAGCCUUUUGACAAGUACAUUGACACCAGUCAGUGUACAGAGUGA